CAAAUAUCAGAAAGGCAAGCUUACUAGAAACACACAAAAACAGUUCAAUUGCCUGAAAAUGGGGUCGAUGAUCAUGAAAGUUUUGAUGUUGCAGUUUUUAGGGUUGCUAUUAUUUGAUGGCUUCACCCAUUCUGAAGCUUUUAUAAUUCGUCGUACCUUCGUGGUGCAAGAAACACCAUACACAAAACUCUGCAGCACCAAGAACAUCUUGACAGUGAAUGGACAAUUUCCUGGCCCAACUCUAUAUGCACACAAAGAUGAUACAAUCCUUGUUGACGUUUAUAACAGAGGCAACCAAAAUAUCACCAUCCACUGGCAUGGAGUGAAACAGCCAAGGAAUCCAUGGACAGAUGGACCAGAAUUUAUUACACAGUGCCCUAUUCAACCAGGUGCAAAGUUUAGCCAAAAGAUUUUGCUUAGUGAUGAGGAAGGAACUAUAUGGUGGCAUGCACACAGCGAUUGGUCGCGAGCUACAGUUCAUGGCGCUAUCUUUGUCUUUCCAAAGAAGGGAACCACUUAUCCCUUUCCUAAGCCUCAUGCAGAAGUGCCCGUUAUAUUAGGAGAGUGGUGGAAGAGUGAUGUACAAGCGGUUCUUACGGAAUUCCUUCAAACUGGGGGAGAUCCAAAUGUUUCUGAUGCUUUCCUUAUAAAUGGUCAACCUGGUGAUCGAUACCCAUGCUCAAAACAAGAUACAUUCAAAUUGACAGUGGAUCAUGGUAAGACCUAUUUGUUCCGAAUGAUCAACAGUGCCAUGAACAACAUUCUCUUCUUCGCCAUCGCCAAACACAAGAUCACCGUUGUCGGAACAGACGGUGGCUACACCAAGCCAUUGACAAGUGACUAUCUCGCGAUAUCGCCCGGACAAACCAUUGAUUUCUUGGUAGAGGCCAACCAACAACCAGAUCACUAUUACAUGGCUGCUAAGGCCUACAACAGUGCCAGCUCGGUUAGGUACGACAACACCACCACCACAGCCAUUAUUCAGUAUAGUGGAAACUACACUCCAUCUUCACCCUCACCUUUCCCUCAUCUCCCAGCCUUCAACGACACGAAAGCCUCGGCAAAUUUCACCGGCAGCCUGAGAAGUUUAGCCAGCAUAGACCAUCCAGUCCAGGUACCACUGAAUAUCAGCACGAAGUUAUUUUUUACAGUCUCGAUUAAUACACAACCAUGUGAUCGUAAUACAUCUUGUGAGGGUCCAGAUGAUGAACGAUUCGCGGCCAGUGUGAACAACAUAACCUUCGAACAGCCAAGAAUUGACAUUCUUGAAGCUUAUUACAGGGGCAUUAAUGGUGUUUUCGGAUAUGAUUUUCCUAAUUUUCCUCCAGUGGCAUUCAAUUUCACGAACCGAACUAUUCCGGUGGAAUACCGGAGGUCAAUGAACGCAACAAAAGUGAAAGUGCUUGAAUAUAACUCCACGGUGGAGCUUGUUUUCCAGGGAACCAAUUUGGUGGCUGGGAUUGAUCAUCCCAUGCAUUUGCACGGAUAUAGUUUCUAUGUUGUUGGGUGGGGAUUUGGAAAUUUUGACAAAAUGAAGGACCCUUUGAAGUAUAAUCUUGUUGACCCUCCUCUACAGAAUACCAUUGCAGUCCCAAAGAACGGCUGGGUUGCUAUCAGAUUCAAGGCAAACAACCCUGGAGUGUGGUUAAUGCACUGCCAUUUAGAACGCCACAUAAGUUGGGGGAUGGAGAUGGCAUUCAUAGUGAAAAAUGGGAAACACCCAAAUGCCAAAAUUUUGCCCCCACCUCCAGACAUGCCACCAUGUUGAAGCUCUACAAGAUUUCUAUUUAUAUUGUAUUAAAUUUUCUAGAGUGUUUUUUUUUUAAUAAAUUGGUUAUGUGUCUUAGAAAUGAAUAAAACAUUUGCAAGUCCCUUUAUAUACAGUGUUAACCGCAAUGCAAAAUAUGCUUGUGAUCAGUAAAUUAUUAUAUUUGUUCUUUCUUCGAAUUUUCUUGUCGGGGUGAAUUUUGUUCUUAGAAAUUUAUCUUAGUCGUAGUUCUUUUAUUAUCCUUUGUAGCGUCAUCUGUGGAUCAGUUAAACGAUGGUUGAUGAUCUAAUCUUUUUUUAAAAUUUGUGAGUCGGAUCCACUUUGACUCGAUACGGUACGUGAAUUUUAUGGCUCGGGAACCAAGUUACUUCAUUUUGAACCCAAUCUACUAAAUUCAAAGCCCACUUGAAAUUAUUUGUGCCCACUGUUCUUGUUAUUUACAACUCAGUUUUUUUUUUUUUUCAGAUUUUUUGGUGGCCGGUACAAUAUAGGUUUUGAGUUUUUU